AUGACAAGACCAUCCUUCCAUCGAAAUAGUGUCAUAUUCUCAAUCGCUGCUGUGGGAAUAUGCUAUCUGUACAUUGACCCAUGGCGCACCAGACGGCGUAUGAUCGAGCGAAUGUGGUUUCUUCUCAGUAAACGCAAUCUCAAAGAGGCAGAUUUAGAGCGCGCGUUAGUCCAAGCACCCGAACCGCCAAUCAUUGCAGACAACACGCAAUUCGUAGAAUUGAAUGGUCAUCGCCUUAGAAUUGUCCACAUUAUUCACGAACUAGGAAGCAGGGUGCCAUUGAUUGUCUUCAUACAUGGUUUAGGAGGACAGGUGUCACAAUGGCAGCGUCAGAUUGAGUAUUUUUCACAAACCGCCCAUGUUCUUGCCAUUGAUCUCUUGGGGUGUGGCUCCAGUGAAGUUGCAUCAGACUGGGAUUCUUACGCCACAGAUUCUCUAGUAAAAGAUGUGACAGACUUGCUAUUGAAUAGAUACAAUUAUCCUUCUACGGUCAUUAUUGCUCAUUCAUAUGGUUGCUCAAUUGCUACAUUUGUUGCAGCAUCUCCCGAGAUUCAGACCAGCCUCAAAGCACUUGUUCUUAUCUCCCCAAAAGAGAACGUGGAUGAAGCUCAAAAGAGAAGCCAAAGAAUGAUCCGAUGGAUCCCGGAUUGGCUAUUCGAAUGGGCUCGUACUAAGGAUAGAAAAAAGGGUAUAUACAGCCAAAGUGUCGAAAGAUUACUAGGAAAUGAAUCAAACAUAGAAUUACGAAGACAACAACUUCGCUGGAACCUCUUGAGCCGUACUUCUGUGUACAAGCGGUUACUUUUUGGUGCAAGAUUCCCUGGAAAAAAGGUCUAUGAGAAUAUUAACGCAGGUGUUCUGUUGAUCGGUGGUAACGAGGAUAAAAUCACCUCCCCAAAAGAUAUGUUUGCUAUUCGUGACCAUUUACUAGGGCUGGACCCUCUGAAUAAUAGCUCAGAAAGGCUAGCCUCAUUAGAAGAGAUACGUGUACCUGAACCUUAUGUAAUUCCAGAUGUUGGUCACACACCAAUGGUGGUGCGCCCACAGUUGGUGAAUGCUGUUAUUUCAGAGUUCCUGAUCAAGAAUUGCGGGUUAGACACGUUGAGCGGUGCGUGGCAAGUCUUGCACAAGACAAAGGGCGAGAACAAAUGGGAUUUGAAGAACUACGAAAAGUGGGCACGUACUGCCAACAUAACCACGGAACCUAUUGGAAUUUCUCUUUUUAGAGCAAUGAAGGUGAUGCGACAGACAGACACGAAUCAUUGUCCUUCCGCGUUUCUAGCUAGAUAUCCAGAGAUUGGGUUCAUCAUUGACAUUUCAAAUGAUACGCCACCUUAUCGUUCAAGUGAUUUUGAUCAUUCUCGUAUCAAAUACCUUAAACUCAAGACAGUUUCCAAGAUCCCUCCAACAAGAGAGGAUGUGGCCAAGUUCAUAGAACUCACAUCAUCUUGUUGGGAGGAAAGACCUGAUGCACAAGUUGCUGUACACUGUCACUACGGAUUCAAUCGAACAGGUUUUUUUAUUUGCUGCUACAUGAUUGAGAAGUUGGGCGUUUCGGUGCCAGAUGCUAUAGAGGCAUUUGCUGCAGCCCGACCUCCUGGAAUUCGACAUGCUCAUUUUGUUGAUGAGCUUUACUUGCGCUACUCUCUCCUUCACCGAACAUAA